AUGAUAGAGGCACUUUUGACAGUGCUUCCGUCGAUAUGUUGGAUUCUAUACCGGUGUUUCAAGCUCUUGCGACGCCCAGUAGAACAGCUAGUGGAAGACCUUCACAUGGAAAUUCCUCAUGCUCCCACAAUAUGUAUCGAUUCUGUGACAGAAACUUCGGUGGUGAUCCAUUGGGACAUAGAAACAAGAAACAACGAGUAUCUUUACUACGUGGUGCUCAUUAACAACAAGGAGGCAGCCACGGUGGGCACCACCAGCUGCACGCUAGAAAAUCUAUUGGAGAAAAAAUUGUACCAAUUGCAAAUUCUCGCUGUUAACGCCAACAACAAUUAUCGCUCUCAGUCAGCUCCAGUGUACAUCCAGACGCUAGGAAAGUCCCAUCUGUUUCCCUUCGAUGGUCAGGACAAACCCAUACCGUUGGAAGUGGAUGGAAUCGUCAAUGGCCUGUCUUUGGACAUCACUCCCGACCAAGUGAAAAAUAUAGAAUCCGAUCAACUUCUCGGCCAAUAUUUAGCCAAAUUCCAGUCGGAGGUGGUCAAGCUUUCUGCCGAGGUUAAAGAGUACGAGGAGCAGUGUGCGAAGGAUAUCAGUCUGUUGACGGCGGAAAUACAUCAGUACAAAAAGGAGUACGAAAGUGAGGCCGAUUCAAAGCACAAAAAAGAUGUGUGUGUUAAGGAUUUGGAGAAAAAGAAAGAUCAGUUGGUGUAUCAGAAGAUGAAACUAUGGAACCAGCUCAAAGGCUACAAGUCGUCAGAGACCAUUUACAAAUCCAAGCUCGAAGAUUUGGCCACAAAAUACCGAAAACUCAAAGAGAGACAGGCCCAAAUUGUACAUAGUGAGGCCAGCGAAAGAGCCAAAAUUGAAGCACAAAUUGCUGAAGAAAGAGAGAAAAUUCUGGAUAUCAAGCAGCAGAUAUCGGCGGCAUCAGAAGGCAUCAAAAAUCUUACUCAUGAAAAACGGGAAAUCAUGCAAACAUCGAAAAAGGUGAGCGAGCUCGUGCUCACGUUCAUGGACUCAGAUACGGUCGUCAACAAAGAUGGUACACUCAAUGGACACACCCUAGAUGCGCUCGUGAAGAUUUUCGAAGUGAAACCAGACUGGCAAGCCGAGGUAAUGACUGAGCUUCUGGCACUUCAAGGUGCUGAAUUGGAAUGGAAAGCGACGUUUAAGGCAGCCAUCAAGAAGUAUGUGGCGCUAUACAACAGUUUGGAGAUUGCCAAAGCGAACAAACAUCCGGAUUAUGUGCCCAAUCGACUCACUGAAUUCCAAGCAAGUAUCGAAUUUGGAGGCUUCAGUAAUGCUCUUCCCAAACCACAAAGAGGCCGUCGAACCACCUCUGGAGGUAGCCAUACGAAAGUGUCUCCAUCCCCGGAACCUGAGUAUGCUGUCGAUGCUAGUGGUAUCCGAAACAUGUACGCAAGACAAACAAACGACUCAGAUCUGGAGCCUUUGAGAGACGAGUUUAUGCAACCGUACAUGUACCGCAACGGAACACCGCCAAUUGAAAUGCUCGAAGUACCGCUUCAGUCAGAAUCAGUCCAGUCUAUCGAAAACCGGCUUGACAAUCGUCUUGAAAAUCGUCAGCCUGCUGUUCGGCCUGCUGUUCAGCUUGAUCGUCUUGAUCGUCUCGAAAAUCUUCCACUUGACAUGUUCAGUCCCGAGCCCAUGCAACCGUUGCUCAAUCCCGAACAGUCUUUCUACAACUUUCCCCAACCACCAAUCGUGCACUCGGCAAUCCAACCAUCGUUGUCGCCGGUUCCACUGGUUCCACUGGUUCCACCAAUGCUGCAUUUGCAACGAGGAAUUGCACCCACGCCAAUGUGGAACGAUAGCAGCAAUUUGGCGCCUCAUUUGUCCAACAACAGUACUUCCAGUUUGAACACAGACAUGCCGGGAUCGAGGUUUGGAUUUGCACGGAACCUCAGUCCCUACAAUGCCAAUGCUAUGCAAACUUCAAUUUCUACAGGUCCUGCUACUUCAAUGGAUACAAAUGCUUUUGCACAGCAGCGCACAAACCCAUUGCUCUCCCAGCCUUUUGAAAUGAGUUCUACUCUAUGGAAUAAUGAUAGGAUGUAUGCUCACUCACGAGAUGGAAGUACCAAUAAUUCGCAAAUAUGGCGCCACGAACCAGCAACUUUAUCUAAGGAGUUUCUGCCCUUCCCGGGUAGAAGAAACAGCGACGGAGAAAACUGGACUAGCUAG